UCUAUCAUCACGUGACAGUACGGCAGUGUGGAGACCGCUGCUGUGUUGACUAGUGCUGCAUGUUGUCGGUGUCGCCGAGCUGUUGUCUACUCUACGCGCCCAGAAAGUCUACAAUCUACGCCGAGAAAUGGUAGCGAAGGUCGCACACAGUCUGUUGAUCAUUGAUUCCAUGCGCUAGCUGUUCGCCGCGGUGUUUUUGAGUAAGAGAGCUAACUACGCCCUUAGCAAGCUCCCGACGUUGAAGGGGCCGCGCCGUGCACCAGUUGCCUUCGGUGGACAGAGCAGCUUGACCCGAAGACCUCCCAACAGCAAACAUGCCUCUCUUCGGGAAGAAGAAGUUCGACGAGCGCUCCAGUGAGAUGACGAGAAGGUUCAUGUUUAAGGAGACACUUGGAACGGGAGCCUUCUCGGAGGUACUGCUUGCCGAGGACCGAGAGACUCACGCCAUGGUCGCGGUGAAAUGCAUCGACAAGAAAGCCCUGAAGGGCAAGGAAGAAACCCUAGAGAAUGAGAUACAAAUUUUGAGAAGGGUGAAGCAUCCAAACAUUGUCCAUUUGCACGAGAUUAUCGACAGCAAGUCGCAUCUUUACUUGGUAAUGGAGCUAGUUACAGGAGGGGAGCUGUUUGACAGGAUAGUGGAGAAAGGCAGCUACUCUGAGAAGGAUGCCAGUAGUCUAGUCAGACAAAUCCUAGAUGCCAUAGCCUAUCUACAUGACCAGGGAGUGGUGCACAGGGACCUCAAGCCAGAGAACCUCCUGUAUUACUCCCCAGAUGAGGACUCUAAGAUCAUGAUCAGUGACUUCGGUCUCUCCAAGAUGGAGCAGGAGGGAGUCAUGUCUACUGCCUGUGGAACUCCAGGAUAUGUCGCUCCAGAAGUGUUAGCACAAAGGCCUUAUGGAAAGGAAGUGGAUUGUUGGUCAAUUGGUGUCAUAUCCUACAUUUUGUUGUGCGGUUAUCCCCCAUUCUAUGAUGAGGAUGACACACAGCUCUUCAAACAGAUCAUUAAAGGAGAGUUUGAGUAUGAUACGCCCUACUGGGAUGACAUCUCAGAUUCUGCCAAAGACUUCAUCAACAACCUGCUAGAAAUAGAUGUAAAGAAGAGGUAUAACUGCAGCCAAGCCAUAUCACACCCCUGGAUCUCAGGUAACACAGCUCGAGACAAGGACAUCCACCAGUCUGUCAGUGCACAGAUGAAGAAAAACUUUGCCAAGAAGAAGUGGAGGCAAGCGUUCAAUGCCACGGCAGUGGUGAGACACAUGAGGAAGCUGCAGCUGAGUUCCCAGGAGAGCAGGGCGGCGGCAGGACAGGCGACAGAGACACAGGAGGGGCAGCCCGCCGCUCCCUAACAUGUCCAACUCUGCAGGUGUUCUACACAUGCCAUCUACAAUCUCACCUUCCCUUCAGUAGGACUCUUCCAUGUAGAGAGACAGGCAGGGUUGUGGACCAAACCUUUUCUUACCCGCAUUCCACUAUGGGUAACUUUUUUUUGAUAACAUUCCCCAUUUUAUUGCAUUUCUUGAGUGGUCAAUCUACAACCCCAUGGUCAGUUAAACAUCAUUUUUAAUUGUUUUAAUUAGCCGGUAUGUCCAUCUACUAUCAGAAAACAGACAAGAAAGAUAUACUUGUAUGGGUGCCGUUUAUGCCUUUCAGUAUCACAACAUGCCUUAACGGUCAAAUUUCCAUUCAUAUCUUCUUUUCAUACAUUAGGGAUUGUUGUGAUGAACAUUUUAUCCAAAAAUGCUGAAUCAAUGGGAACAGAUUUCCAAGAAACUUUAAAUUACAGUUGCUCUUCUUCUUCAGUCAAUCACAAAUUAUGUAGUAUGGCUUAGCUUUGAUUCAAGAAAUUGUGACGACUUAAAGCUUUAGAAUCUCCUUUUUAGUGCCGAUUAGUCAAAUUAUCUUAAGUUCGGCCAAAAUAAUGAGAAAUCAUUUUUGUUGGUAAUCAACUGUAGUAGUGAAGAAUGAUAUACUUGAGAUAAUUACUACUUUAUGUGUAGUAUUUUUUAAAACUACAUGUAUCAUAAUAGAUUUGGCAAAGGGUACUGUACCUGAUAAAGAAACAGUGAAAAAGGAGUGCCCAUAUGACAAGCAAAUGUAUUCAACCUACAUGGAUAUUGCGUGACGAAAUUAAUCCCAUAAUUUAGGACAAGACAUGAAAUUCAAAUGUUAAAGGUUGAAUUUUUGUAAAUAUUUGUUUGGUUUUAAUGAUGGUGUCUUUUACAUUUAAUGUUAUGCAUUGACAUUUGUUUAAUAUUAAUUGACAUCAAAAAGUUAGUGUUGAUAACUGCAUUUCAUAUACCAAUCGGAUCAUGAUAGGGUUUGAAGAAAAGACCAAAGUGAAUAAAAAAUCAAUGUGUAUCUUUUAAGAAACUUUCAUGGUUGUACUCCACUAAACAGGGUGUAUUUUUUAAAUGUAAUGAUAGCUGUUCUUAAUAUUGUUUUUAAUGUCAAUUAUAUACAUGCAUGUCAAUUAGUGAACUAGUUUGAAGUUAUUUUAUCAAAUUCCAAAUGUCUACUUAUGUCUACUAUAGAUGACAUACCAAAAUCAGCUCUUUCCUGUAGAAAAAGUGUUUCCUUUUCAAAAGACAACAGUUUGUGGCUGAUAAUAGAUACUCCUACAAUUUCAUGUUCAGUAGCAUUGUACCAAAGUUUGUGGCAAAUCUGUCACAGUAAUGCCAUCUAGCUGUAGUAAUGAGAAGUGCAGAUGGCUUACAUUACCUAAGCCACUACAUAUCUGUAGUUUAGGAUAGAACAUCGCUGACUUAAGUGUUGCUACCUAACAAUCAGAGGGAACCUAUAUUCCCCAGCUCAUUUUCAGAUACUAGUAAUUGACAGUCAUGCUGACUACAGAAGACCUUAAUACUCGAGCACAUGUACAUGUUAUAAUGACUAGAAUGUGAAGCUUGUACAGUUGUCUGCCCAUAGGACACACCCAAGCCUCUUGUAAUAUAACAACUUUUGUAAAGUUAACAUGUAUAAUAAGAAUUGUGCUUAUCACACUCACACAGUCUCUGGUAUGUGGCCUCAGAACAAAAAGUGUCACUGCAGUUUAUGUAUUGAGACACAGACAGGCAGUAACUGUUGUAGAUGCCAUGUAGAAGAUUAUAUAACAGUACUUAAGUCUUACAGCUUCUAUGUAUAGCUCCUACAUAAAAGUGGUACAUGUUCUCCUGACCACUGUUGGUGACUCCAUUUUGGAAAGUUGCGCUCAUGUAGGCUUGUGUCGUUGUUUACCAUUUCAUGCCACUGACAAUCAUGACUGUACAGACUGCAGUGUGUAUAAUAUGAACUCAAUAUGAACUUGAAAUCUUUUUCAAAGUUAGCUUGUUUAUCUAUAUACUUGUUAGCAAUUUUUUGGGGUAGGGUCACAGACAAACGAGUGUGCGGAAUUUACCAUCAUCUAUGGAUGAACAUUCAGUUUCUCCCUUGAAUAAUUUGUGGUGCUAAUCUUUCAGUUAUUAAGUCCAAUUUGACCUUUCUCUUAUAAUUUGAUGCUUGCAGUGAUCAUUGAAAGUUGGGUAAAGACAAAAUAUGACCUUCAUAACAUGAAAUUCUACUGUUCAAUAAUUAUGAUCUGGUUGAGGAUUUUGUAUUUCCAACUAAAAUUCGAAGGAAGUAAUUAACUUAAAUAAUCACAGAAUAAAAGAAAGCUUGCUGCAUUUUAUGAUCAUUACAUGUGUGUAGUUACAAUGUUUGAGCAACAGUUAAGCUUCUUUAGAAGAACACAAGGUUUUCUUACAGCAAGCUUAUUGUCAAUUCUGUAAAUACAGCCUGUCAACAGUAUUCUACAAACCCACCUCUGCACCACAAACUUGCCAAGCUCAUUGGUAAUAUGCAGUUAGUCUGUAGCAGUUUUUACUGACCACAUCAAUGGUUCAUUACCAUACCAAAUAGCACAGUCUUCUAUAUGUCAUUCUAGAAAAAAAGGAAACCAAAGCUGAAAAAUGUUUGAUUCUGUUGUUUGUUAUGUCAAUGCUGUUUAUAUUUUUAAGUGGAAUGAUUGUUCUGGACAAAACAAUUUUCAAUCUAAAGCAUUUUAAAAAGUACUUAAGAAUCCUUGAUAACUGUGUGAUAGAAAUGUUUUGACUUAUCAGAAUCAUGACAUAGACAAUGUUAUUGUAUAUUUCUCAAUAAUAUUAUGCUGAUGAUACUAUGAAGUUGUUAAUGAAUUGUUGAAUCUUUUUUCUCUACAAAUGUGUUUUUUCCAAAUAAAGUGAUGAAACUGUCA